AGUCCGGUGAUGGCAUUGCUCCACGCUCGACGCAGCACUGCAUAAGAGCUUAAGCAGCAGUCGCAAGAGAGUCUACGGUACCAAUACUCAAACUGCAAGUGAAUAAUUGCAGCGCUGAGGCCGGCGUUUGCGAGAUUGUGCUGCCAGGCCUGCACCACUCUGCAGCUGAUCGCUCGACGUAGCGCAUAACUGCUUCCAAAGCGAGAUGUGCCGUAAUGCGACGCCAGCCGAGCUCGAACUGGUCCACAAAGAGGACGACGUCACGACGAUCCUCGUCGACGACGACAAAUGGGACGAGCUCGCGAGCGACACGCCGCAGGGAGCGUACUCGCGCAAGCCGAUCAUGACACUGUGUUUUGCGAUGUUCGCGAACAGUGUGGCAUUGACGAACGUAUUUCCGUACGCGGGCUUUAUGAUUCUUCAUUACGGCCUCACUGAGGACGAGACCCGAGUCGGCUUCUACGCUGGUUACUUGAUGACGUCCUUCAUGGCCGGGCGGCUGCUGUCGUCGUUCUACUGCGGCGCGCUGUCGGACCGCAUCGGCCGCAAGGCGGUCAUACGGAUAGGGCUCUGGAGCUGUCUCGUGUUUUCGAUAGGAUUCGGUUUUUCCCCGACCUUCGCGAUCGCGCUAUCCAUGAGGCUGUGUAUGGGACUGUUCAACGGCCUCACGGGAGUCGCCAAGGCGGCAAUACCGGAAAUUGUACCGAAGGGUCCCGAGCAGCAGACGGCCAUGGGCUACGUAGCAGGUAUGUGGAACGCGGGCAUGGUCGUCGGCCCGGCCGCGGGCGGCGUGCUCGCCGAGCGCCCGGUCAAUAGUCUGUUCCGGCGAUAUCCGUAUGCGUUGCCAAAUAUUUUCGCCGCGGGCCUCGCGCUGCUUGCGCUGUGUGUCAUCGAGGCCUGGCUGCCGGGGAAGACGUCGUACGCCAAGAUCAGCGACGAAGAUAAGGACGAGGAGGAGCCGGCGCCGCGCCGAGCGUGCGCGCGCGCGCCGCGGACGUCGUGGCUGCCCAUCGGCGUCUACUGUUUCCUGUCGACGUUCAGCAUCUUCUACGAGGACUGCUACCCGCUCUGGCUGCUGACACCUCGCGACGAGGGAGGCAUGGGCAUGGCUGUGGAUGAGAUCGGCGCCGUUCUGAGCGCUACCGCGGUAUUUACGGUGGCUUAUCAAUUUCUCAUAUUCCCCUUUAUCUCGGAGCGGAUGCCGUCGCAUAUUUUGUUCCCAACGUCAGCCGGACUCUCGGCAGUACUGAUGCCUGUAGCUGUCGUCAUUGCUAGGAUGAAGCCCGGCGCGGCGACGACGUGGGCUGCAUUGAUCGCUCACAAUAUCGUGUACCGUUGCGCGGUCUCCAACGCUUACACAGCUUGCUUCUGCACGAUCAACAAUUCCUGCGCGACCAAUGCGCGCGGUGCCGUCAACGGCUUCGCGAUGAGCGUCGCGUCGGCGUUCAAGGCGGUAGGGCCAUCCAUGGGCGCGUCGAUGUACGCCUACGGCCUCGAUAAAGCGCCCAACGGCGGCGUCGGCGUGCUGGCCGUGUUCGGCGGCGUUGGAGCGGCUUUAGGCGUGACGGCGUUGGUCGCCUGCAAGUACAUGGGCGCGGAAUACGACACGCCCCUCGAUUGAUGUUUCAUGUCAAGUUUGUGUCUAG